UUCAGUAAUAAAAAAAUUGCAACCAUAGCUUAGCUUUCCUAGUAUUGUUUGAACUGAUAUCGCAGAUAUUCUGCAUAAUAUAAGCUAGUAUCAACAAAUACAAUUGUUUACACUAGAAGCAAGGCUAACAGUAAGUAAAAAUCCCACUAGGUGUCGUUGAAUCUUUAUAAUAAUAAAUUACCAUCCGUGGUACCUAUUGCUGUGCAGUACUGCAGGAAUAAAGAUAUUAAAAGCUUACUUAAAUUUUAGUAAAGGUAAGUGGCUUAAUUGAAUAUAUAAAUAAAUGCAAUUAAGUUAAUUACGUAAAAGUUUGAUGAAUAAAACAAUCGACGAGAAAAAAAGUAUUGCAGUUCGAUUCUCAGCUGGUAUUAGACGUUCAUGACUAAGGGUAAAUAAAGCGGUACACCGAACUGCAAUUCUAAAAUCAAUUCCUUCUCAUAAAUAAUCUAUAAAACUCUUUAGUGUAACUCUUCUGCUCCCCAGCCUCUAUCAGAUGAAAACUUAAUGCUCUGCAGCAUGCGUUCGUCUGCUGUACUACAACAGACAGAAAUAAGAUCAUAUAGUCUACCGAAAGAUGGGAGCGGAACGUUUGCUAAACUUCAAAAACCGAAAAGUGCUAGUGAAUUGGAUAGAGUCGAUAAAUCAAUAUGUCAAUGUAUAAAACAGGAGGAAAUCAAUAAUUUAGGACUUUAUGAAACUCACUUCCCAGAACGUCGACCUGAUUAUGCUAAUCCUCUGUGCUUAAUCAAAUCUCAGUCAGAAGUUACUUUGCCAUCUGUUCUACGAGUGGGAUCUUUUGUUGAUUCCGAAUCAAAGUCUCCGGUUUCGUUUGAAACUAUUCUCAAGAAAUCUUCAGACUUAGAUGCUUUAAAGGAAACGCUCAAUAAAGACUUCUUAAGAAGAACGCUUUCUUGCAUUUCAUGCAACUGUUUAUCAACAUCAUCGAAAUUGUUGGCUUGUUUGCACUCGGUUUGCAUUGAUUGUUUGCUUCGUCACAGUCCGCCAGAGUCCAGUAAUCCAUUCCAGUGUCCGAACUGUUUUGUUUUUACGGAUAAAACAAGUUUGACAGCACAUACUUUAGCUGAAAGUGUUGGUGAGAUAGAAAAGUUCUGUAAUUGUGAGUUGUUUUGUUACGAUUGCUCCAAUUUAGAGAGCCUACAAAAAUGCAGUGCCUGUGGUCAAUUUAGAUGUUUACAAUGUUCAGUAAAGCAUUUAAAGGCAUACAGAAAUCAUAUUGCUAUAGAUGCAACUGAUUUUGGAACGGAAGUUACAUUUAGUAGCGCUCGCCAAUUGCAAAAAGCUUAUUGCCUUUUACACCGGAAACCUAUCGACGGAUUUUGCGCUCGCUGCGACGAGUUAGUGUGUGAAAGUUGCAAACUUCCCACACACUUACGACAUCCAAUACACAGUUUAGGACUAGCAUCGAAACCUUUCGAGAAAAAAAGUGAAGUUCUGAGAGAAACUGUUGAAGAAACUCUUAAACCUCAUACAAACUAUGAAAUGUUAAUAUCCGAUUAUGAAAAAGAAUUGGAGGAGAGAGUAAGCGAACUGAAAAAGGAGAUAAACGCCCAUGCACAAUCAUUGCAUAGGAAAAUUGAAGAUGAAAGGACAAUCUUAAUGGAAGAACUCGACAUGACGCAACAAAAAGAGAAGUGUAAAUUACAAACCAGAAGACGAUGUUUAAAGGAAACAAAGCAAACAUUCGAAACAGCAAUUAAUUACGUUAAUGUAUUAUUGCAAUAUUCUAAUCCAAUUGAUGUUCUGAAUUCACGUCAUCAAGUGUGUAGUAGGUUAGAGAGUUUAUCUGCAGUUAAACCCCCGACAAGCGUUGCUAAGCGGACAUUGUAUUUCAAUCCGACAAAGUCCAACGAAAAGCUCUUGGGAAUUUUAGAUAGCUAUCCAGUGUGGCCUACUGUUCCAAUUUCUAGGGGUUUGAAUAUGGGCAAGAUGCCAAACUCAUCUCCGACUGAAUUAAAGGGAACUGUCGAAUUCAAAAGAGAAUUAACAUGUGCCGUUCCUCAUUGUGACGAUUCGGAUCCUGUUGUUGUAGCAAUAUGCGUUUUAGAUGAUAAUAGUGGAUAUUUGAUUGUAGAUAAUGCAAAUAAAUGUAUAAAAUUGUUGUCUCGAGAAGGUGAAGUUAAACAGUCAAUUGGGAGACGAGGAGAGUACCUACUAAAAGAUCCUCGAGACGUCGCUGUUUUACCUCAGGGCCAUGUUGUCGUUGCCGAUCAGGAUCGUUUAGCAGUCUUUACAAGAUUAGGCGAUCACGUGAUGGAUAUAAAGCCUUUUUUCGACGUUAUAGCCGUGACAGUUAAUCACCAGGGCCAGAUAUUGGCUCUUGAUGGAUCUUCCAAGAUAAUAAAUGUCUAUAGUCCUGUCAAUGGUGAAUUUUUAUAUUCUAUACCGGACUCUGUUAGACCAAAAGUAGUGAGAAUUGAUGAGACAAAAACUCAGAGCUUUGGUGACGAAGAAGUUCCAACACGUCUGGGAGUACUCUUAGGUAUAACUCAACCGUCGAAAAGUGCACCAUGCUCCCCUGCGAUUAAUAGGAAAUCUUACGGACAAGUUUCCGCUGUCGAUAGUUUAUCUUCUACUGAUAGCGGUUGUUCUGAUAAUUGCUCUGUUCUACAGAAUCCGAAGUUUAUGACAGUUUCUAAUUCCAACGAAGUUCUUGUCACAGAUGUUGCAAAUCCGCACAUAAAAUUCUUUACAAUGAAUGGAAAUUAUAAAAGAUCAGAACAAGCUACGCAUCUAAUAGGGGUCCUAAAAAAACCUGCAGGCAUAUGCUGCGAUUCCGAUGGUUACAUUAUUGUAGCUGACGAAGGGUCGCAUAGGGUUCAUUUAUAUAGGCCUGAUGGAAAAUUCCUCCAAUAUUUGGUAACAAAAAAGGAUUGCAUUGAGAGUCCUCUUGCAGUUGCGACAGAUCUAGAUGGUUUACUUUUAAUAUCCCAAAGAAACGGCAAGAUUAAAGUGCUAUCUUACAGUUAAAAUUUACUAUUGUUUUCUUCGUUAGACAAUUUUGAAUGGACGUUUUUAUUCCUAAAUUCUUUUCCUAUUUGUUAUUAUUAUUUUAUAUUUCAUUUGCAUGCAAGCCUCUAGUCUUCCUUCAAUACAAGCAACUUUGCACAAUUUACUUU